CGUCGCUCGGUACGGAACUCCGGAACAUCUCUUGGAUUAAGCUGGCGGGAGAAACUGUUGUAGAGAUGUAGUUUGUUUGUUUCCUAAGAUAAACACAUGGCGUCUGGUUUUUAGAGGACACUGUCAGUUGGGAAAAAUCUGUGAAUAAUUAUCACACACUUUUGAGCGAAAGGAGGAAGAACCGAUCUUGGAGUCGGGCCAACUCAGGCAACUCGCGCGAUGAUGAUGGUGCCUUUAGUUAGUGGCACGAUAGUUCAAGUGCGUUCACAGCAAAGUGUCUAUCGAUGCAACGGGACAAUUAGUGACUGUCUGUGGGUGGAAGUGCCAGGAAGUGAGAAGAUUAUCUUCGUGUCCAGCGACAGUCCUGAUAAAUAACUAGAGCAAAUAGAAUCAACUAGUGCCGUUCGGUGGGGAAAAGGAAGAAGGAAGAAAUUAAUCACCUUUCUCGGGGAUAUCACAAUUUUGUGCAAAAGAGAGACACAGACCAAGUCAUUCUAGACACGUGCCCUGGCUGGAAGAAGUCAGAAGCCAGAAGACAUCGAAACUCAGGAAAUAUAUCAAUUAAACCAGCCGGUACCGAUAAACUAGUCUGGCAAUCAAAUUUCUCCAAAGUGUUCCGACAAAGUGUAAACACCACCAACUAUAUUGGUUGUGGCCUGCGAAAAUAAUUGGAAUUUAUCGUCCAGAUGUUGUUGCUUCCCAAUAACUUGAAUUAUUCAACGAAUAAGAAGAAGACAUAGAUCUAUUAAUUGAGUGUUGCUUGUUGCCUGGAAAAAUCAGUCAUCCAAAAAACUUUAUCGGCCAGGAAAUCCUGGGAAAAACCUAAACUUUGGUGACAAGAAAACAAUAAAAAAAAGCCCACUCACGCACGAUAUAUUGAAAAAGUUGUGGCGGGAAUUCUGCGAAGGAUUCUAGAAGAUGCCACUGACGCGAAGCAAGGAGGAAGUGGCCAGCAGCACGAGCUCGGUGGUGGGAGGAUUGGCCACCGCCACCAGCACCACAAGUCCCAAGUUGGCGUCCUCGUCGCUGGUGAAGCUCGGGUUACAUUCCAAGGCGGCAAAGCCAUUCCGGGUGAUGGUGCUGGGCCAGAGCGGCGUGGGGAAGACGGCGAUGGUGGUUCGGUUCAUCACGAAACGCUUCAUCGGCGAGUACGAUCCGAAUCUGGAGAAGGUGUACAGCUUCCACACCCUGGUCGACAACGAGUUUGUGCAGUUUGACAUCCUGGACGCGGCCGGACAGCCGAAUGAAGCGGACUGCAUGACACUGGAGGCGAACAUCCGGUGGGCGGAGGCGUUCAUCCUGAUGUACUCGGUGGCGGACAAGUGCAGCUUCGACGAGUGCAACCGGCUCAAGUUCCUGAUCAACUACAACAAGCGGCGGCGCCGGCUCGGCUCGUACAACAAGGACACCCAGCUGGACGUGCCGGUCAUCCUGGUGGGGAACAAAAUCGACCAGAUCGGGGACCGGAUGGUGUCCACGGAGGAGGGCCAGCGCCGGGCGAAGGAGAUUUCCUGCGCGUGUUUUCACGAAAUUUCCGUGCGGGAAAGUAUAGAGCAGGUUUCCGGGGUGUUUCGGGACGCGUGUCGGUUCUGGCGGGUUUUGAACCGGUACCCGAAGCUGAAGCGAUCUACGAGCGAUGUUCACGAUUUGCACUCGGAGGUCGAGCUGAUUCUGAGCCCGGACAGCAUUCACCCGUUCUGCAACUGUGAUUUGGGCUAUGAGAAGAGACGAUCAAUUAUAAUACUAGGCCGUCCCUGGACCGAGGAGGAACCGGACGAGACGGACGAGUCCGAGUCGAGCUGCUGUUCGUCGCAAAAGUCCGACAUCGAGGAGCAACCGUUCCGGGGACGGGCCUCCACCGACGGGACGCUGCUGUCGCGACCGCGGAGGUGGCGCUUUGCCCCACCGGGGUCGUUGAUGCCCCACGUGAGCAGGGUCGAGCGGAGGAUGAGCAUCUCGAUGCGGGGGAGCAAUGCGAGUUAUUGAGGAGUAUUUUUUAUAUUAAUUGAAAAUGACAAUAUUGUGAUUGUGUCAAUGUUAACGUCACUGUGCUUUAUCAUGAUCCCAGGAGAAAAAAAAAA